GUGUAAAACGUUGUUUUGGUUUGGCAAGCGGCAGAUCUGGUCACGAAACCCUCACGCAGCAGCCACAAACGCGCGGUAAAAUGUAUUCCCUUAGCUCGCAGAAAAAGUUCUGGACUUUCAAAACCGAGCAGGAGCUGGCCGAGCUGCGUGUGAAACAAAACGUUCGCUUUAUUGCCAAGCAUGGGGCCAGCAUGACGGAAGAACAGAGGCAGGCGCACUUCCUGUCUGCGGAUGAGGAGCGAUUAUUGCUGAAACAGUAUGAGCUACAGUUGAAAGAGUUCUGCAAACGGUUCGAGCCACCGAUGCCCAAAUACGUCGUGGGGACAGCAUUCCACUACUUUAAGCGGUUUUAUCUGAACAACUCGUCAAUGGACUAUCAUCCGAAGGAAAUUUUGGCAACAUGCGUUUAUUUGGCCUGCAAGGUGGAAGAGUUCAACGUUUCCAUCGCACAGUUUGUGGCCAACAUUAAGGGCGAUCGGGUCAAAGCGAUGGACAUUAUUCUGUCGAACGAGCUGUUGCUGAUGCAGGAGCUCAACUACUACCUCACGAUACACAAUCCGAUGAGACCUAUAGAAGGAUUUCUAAUCGAUAUUAAGACCCGAUGUAACAUGAGCAAUCCCGAUCGUUUGCGGCCCGGGAUAGAAGAUUUCAUCGACAAAACGUUUCUAACCGAUGCGCCCCUGAUGUACGCACCGUCACAGAUAGCUCUGGCGGCCGUUCUGCACGCCGCCAGCAAGGAGCAGGAGAAUCUAGACAGCUACGUUACGGAAUCGUUGUUUGGGUCGGCUAAGGACAAGCUGCCGGUGUUGAUUGAAGCCGUCCGGAGAGUUCGCUCGAUGGUGCGCACGAUCGAACUGCCGCCAAAGGACCGGGUACGGUUUCUGGAGAAGAAGCUGGAAAAAUGUCGCAACCAGGAGAACAACCCCGACAGCCAGAUCUACAAACAACGCAUGAAGAAAAUGUACGAAGACGAAGACGAUCUGGACGUUAUGGGGUCUUCGUACCAUAUGAACGUUUCGGAUGCAAGCCUGGACGUUUCGCAGCUAAACACCACCAAUCCGGCAAACAUGACUAUCGAUUAAACGAGUCUGACGGUCGAGUCUAAACCCUCAAUAACGUCACUAACAAGGUUUCCUAUCCUGCAAGAACCAAGCGGUACGGGAACACUCAAGACGCAACCGAAUCACGCACAGUAGACAGAUCGAAGUUGGCUUCUGCUUUCCGCAAAUGUACGCUCUCUGGCUCUCUCUCUAAUCAAUAAAGCUCUCUCAAUUCUGGAUGGAACCACAUUACAUUCGGAGUGAAAAGCGAGGCUCUUUACGCAAUAAAUAUGCAGUGAAUGUAUACAAAACGUACGACGCAAAAGGAGAAGCAUCAAUUUCGACGGUAGAAUCUACUCUACUUUCACUCUCAGUAUACAGUUUUCUCAUAAUCUCUUUUUUGCUGUUGUUUUUAGACAGUAUGUAUGAUUUAGCUGCGGCUGCGGCUGACACGAUCUAAUUAAACGUCAUUUGAAUGGUUUCGCGCAUAGAAAAACGCAUUGAUGGGCGCGCGCGCGCGCAGAUCAUUUAAAUAGAUUGUUUGAAUGUUGGUUUUUGUUGUUGUUGCUCUUUUCAGGGUCAUUCUGGGUAGAUUUUUUUUAGAUCAAAUUUAAUAUAUUCCUCCCGAGGGUAUGGAUGAAUGAUACGUACUAGAGUUUAUGAGUUUUGAAUGUCCAACCCCGUCUUUUUUCUUAUUCUUUGGUCUGGUAACAGCUUGAACAGUUGUAGAAAAUUACAUUCAAUAGAUAAAGUUUUCCUUUGCCACUGUCACAUUGUAUAACUUUUUUUCCAUAUAUCUAGAGUGGAUUUGUUUGCUUAUGGAUGCGAUCAUGUAGGUGUGUGUGUCAAAUCCGUGGUUGGGUGUAGAGUGUGUAUUUUAAUUCUUUCUAUAACCAAAAUCUAAAAUUUGGUGUAAAAGAGUACACUUUAAGGAACGAAAAAAGGUUUGAACUCCUUGCAAUGUGACCUUUAAAGUACUUUUCUUCCUUUGCAGGCCACUCAGAAGCGAUAUUGAAUAUUUCAUUACCAAAAAUUCGCUACACGUCUCAGGGGUUCGUUUUCCAGGAAACCCACUCUGUUGAAGCAAAAUAACACAACCUUUGCUGUACCGGGAAAAUUCAGUUGAAGUUUCUUGGCAAACAUUUUUAUUACCAGCAGUUUGGUAAACCUUUUCUGUGGUGAAAAGUUAUGGAACACGUGGAAAAGCUCUGCAUUAUUAACAGUAGCAAAACAAAACUUCCUCUUCCAUCUACUGAUUUUGUGUGUUUGUGUUUGUGUGUGUGUUUGUAAGAAUAUGUUAUUUUUCGAAAAUUCUUAUACAUUUGAAAAAUAUAUAAAUAUAUGAAUAUAUCGUUUACUCUAGGGUUUUGCGUGAUGAUGCUAACAAGAUUCACCUGCGUCAUUCACUUAUUGUGUUACUCAUUGCGCCAUUUCCAUUAUUGGUUGGUAGACACAUCGAAAAGCUCAUAAGAUGCUCUCAUCCCAUACCAGUCAGUACACUACCUGUGUGGGACAGGACAGGGUAGUAGAGGACCGCACACGUGUGCAUGUUUUCCCGCUUUCAAACGAUUCGAGAGCUAUUCAACUCGAUUUUGGUCUGCCUGGAACGUGGAUCGUUUGCCUUCAAUUGGUACGUUUUGCCUACACAAUUUGUGGCAAAUUCGUGCUCAUGCUCCGCUGUGGUUUGUGUUAGUUUGGUGUGCAGUAGUGUGUAGUGUGUAUUAUGUGAGUUUUGAUUAUUUAGCUACGACAUUCCUAUUGCUCUUAUUGCAGUUGAUUUCUUCUUCCGUGUGUUUAUUGUUCACACUCCUCAUGGGCACAGCUCAUUGCUCGAAUCAAAAGACUGGAGGAAAAUACCAAUAAACGAUUGACAGACCAUUGUGCCUAGGUUACCUUUAAAUUGCUGCUUUGCUUAUGUGGGUGUGUGUGUGUGUUUAGGUUUUGUUUGUUUUGGGGACCAUUGCGUUUGAUUAUCAUUACACGUGAGCGUUGAAAAAUAAACAGAAAUAAUUGAGUAUCUAGCUGAGGGUUCUACGGGGAGCGGGUGCGUGGGGCGUUGUAGGAUGAGUUCUGUGCAGGAUGAACAAACGCAAAUAUGUGUAUGUGUGUGUUUUUACAAGAUACAAUGUACACAGAAGAAAGAAGAUAAACGCAUUAGACGAGCUGUUCAUUGGAAUUUCAACGUGCACAAUUAUGUUUUAGAAGGAAGUGCUUCUCUUUUUUAUAAGAAAACUGUGUAACAGUACUUCAAGAAACACUCAAAAUGAAAUGUGUUAAUCAAUUUGCAACUGUAGAGUCAAUCGCAGGAAGGAUAUAAGGUUCAAUUUCACUUCAAGCAAUGGCAAACCGCAAAGGUACUCGAUAAUACCUGCACAGUGCCUUUCAAAACUAUGUUGCACGUUGAAUUUCAAACCAUGAUCUCUAACAUCCUUCCCCUUGCCCAUGGAUUUGUGUAACAUUUCCGUGAUAAUGUUUGUAUUUACACUACUGAAAUGUAUGCAAAUUGAAAAUCGCAAAAAUCAAACAAACCGAGUCUUCGUUGUGCCGUCCAGGGUGAGGGUAAAAACAAAAAUAGCUUCCGCUUUAAUUAUUGUUUUAAAAGCGGAAAAACAAAUGAACAACCUGAAGAUGACGCCUAGUGUUGCAAACUGGAUGAAUCUUGUAUGCCGCGUGUCUUAUUGCUUUUGCGUUGGUUUUGAGGGGUGGGGAGUUUGGGAUGGUUACUGCUUACUUUACACCCACACCGGGAUCACCCACCUCCUGACGAGUGUUUUCGCUUUCAACUACGCCUCCAACGCACCAUUACGUAUGCGGAGUGUGUACAUGUAUACCAAGAGUGUAGUGUAUAUAAAUUUGUAACUAUCUAAUAUCGCCCUUGCCAUCUACAGUAGUCCUCCUUUAUUGCCUGG